CAUUCCUGUUGGAUCCUUCGUUUGCUUUAUUGACAUUUUCUUUGUUUUCAUUCAGAAUUAAGAUUGUCCUGUGGCAAAAAAUACCACGACUUACGUAUUAUUUUUUACGAUUUAUUAAUUAUAAGUUAAAAUAGAAUAAACUUGUUAUGAAAAACUCAACAAUACACACAAUGGAGACUGAAUUUUUGACCCGCCUACCAGUACCCGAUAUACGGGAAGAGACAUUUCAGUAUUCCUACAAACAGUCACAUCGGCCACCAAAACUACAACCACCGAAAUUGAAACCACGCUACGAUUCCAAUUGUAAUCGCGACCAUACCGCCCAUGCCAUCUCAUUUCGUUCGGAUGAUGAUUGCACUGUCGACAAUUUACUAAGUUCUACUUAUAAUUGUUCCUCGAAUGAGACCUAUUUCGAACAGGUUUUUACACGUUUGGAAAAAAUUGGUGAAGGUUCAUUUGGUGAGGUGUUUAAAGUGCGUUCCAAAGAGGAUGGCCUGCAGUAUGCCAUAAAAAUGUCGAAACAGCUAUUUCGUAGUGAACUUUACCGGCAGGAACGUUUGGAGGAAGUGAGACGUUAUGAACAGUUUUCAGGUCAUGCCAAUUGUCUGAGAUUCUAUCGUGCCUGGGAACAAGAUGAUCGUUUGUAUAUGCAAAUGGAGUUGUGUCGCGAGAGUUUAGAUCGUUAUCUGGAGCGUAAACGCAGUGUGCCAGAGGAGAAAAUUUGGUCAAUUUUGCUGGAUUUACUAUUGGCUCUCAAAAGUCUACACGAUCGCAAUCUUAUACACUUGGAUAUUAAAUUGGAUAAUGUGUUGAUAGGCUAUGAUGAUAGUUGCAAAUUGGCCGAUUUUGGUUUAGUCAUCGAUGUAGAUCGUGCUAAUCGUCAUCAGGCUACCGAAGGUGAUUCUCGUUAUGUGGCGCCAGAAAUAAUGCAGGGCAAUUUUUCAAAGGCUGCCGAUAUUUUUAGUUUGGGCAUUGCGAUGCUGGAGUUAUCAUGUUAUUUGGAAUUACCUUCGAAUGGUCCGUUGUGGCAGCAAUUGAGAAAUGCUGUCUUGCCUGAGGAUUUCAUUAAAACCAUAUCACUUGAUUUGCAAAAUAUUAUAAAGGAUAUGAUGACACCUGAUCCACGUGAAAGACCAACUGUCGAUCAACUUUUGAGUCAUAAGAAGUUGGCCUCAAUGUUACAGCGAAGAAGUCAGUGGGGACUGGUGCAUAAAGUGAAACUCACUAUACGAAAAUCCCGACGUCUGGCUUGGUCAAAAUUGUGCAAUCUUAAAAAUAUAGUUAUUAAAUUCUUCACAUCGAUACUCUCUAUUUUGGGAAUGCAGGAAACUCCAACAACAGAUUCGGCUAUUGAUGAAGAAGAAACGAAUCUAUUAAAGACAGCAGAAAAGAAAAGACCACGCUCGCAACUAAUAUCAUCCACACCAACGGCUGCUAUAUCAAAGGCUAAGGCAAGAAUAGAUUUUCAAUUCGAUAGCGAUUGUAUGGAAUUGGCACCAGAACACUCCACCCCUUAUCAUAAUAAAAACAAUAAAUUUGUUAAUUCCACUCCGGUUAAUCAUAAUCUGGGCGGUAGUUUUCGUAUUAGAAAUGACUCAAUAAGAAAUAGUUUCAAUGAUAACGAUGGUUCUCUUUUGGAUAAAUCAAUAAUUGCUUAUGUCGAUGACUGUGAUUCGGAUUCUCAUUUAAGUCAGCGUAAAACAUUAGAUAUUUCUUCUUUAAGAGGGAAGAAACUAUUUUGUAAAUCUGAUGAAGAUAGUGAUUAAAAUGUAUGUGCGUGAGAAAGCUCCUAAAUUUUGUUCCUAGUAUGUGUUUUAUUUUUGAUAUCAAAUCUUCUAAUUUCCUAAUUAUGUUUAAUGUUUUAUGAACCCAGUUGAAGUUGAAAAAAUAAAAAGAAAAUAUUAUGUUGUAUUUUAAAUUCAUUUAUAU